AUGGGAGCUCUUCGGUGGCUGUCCAUCACGGCGGCUGCGGCCUCCGCAGUGUCAGCAUUAACCCCGGAACAGAUGAUCGGUGCCCCGCAGAGAGGCGAUGUCAUACCAAACCCGUCCGGUGACACUGGUUUAUUCUCGACCUCCCAAUGGUCCUUCGACACUCAUUCUAGCAGUACCUGGUGGAGCUUGAUUGACCUUGAAUCGGGCGAGAUCACCACCCUCACCGAUGAUAGCGACAUUGAGGAGAUUAUCUGGCUUGGUUCUGACAGUUCUACGCUCCUCUACAUCAACAGCACCAAUGCACAGAUUCCCGGUGGUGUGGAGCUGUGGAUUGCGGACACUUCUGACUUUGCAAAUGCGUACAAGGCAGCCUCUCUCUCCGCCGGUUUCCUCGGCAUCAAAUCAACCGUGACGGAUUCCGGCGACGUGCAUUUCAUCCUGCGUGGAAAGUCCUAUCCCAACGGUACGGCCUACAACGAUCAGCUCGCAGAGACCUAUCCCAGUACAGCCCGCAUCUACGACAGCAUCUUUGUGCGCCACUGGGACACCUACCUGACCACUGCCUCCCACGCCGUAUUCUCCGGCACUCUGCAAAGCUCGACCAGCGAUGACGGCAAUGUCCAAUACACCUCUUCAGGCGGAUUGACCAACCUGGUCAAACCAGUCAAGGGUGCCGAAAGCCCAUUCCCUCCUUUUGGAGGCAACAAUGACUAUGACCUCUCGCCUGAUGGCAAUUGGGUUACCUUCAAGAGCAAAGCCCCAGAGCUGCCUCUUGCUAACAACACAGCUGCCUAUGUCUAUCUCGUUCCGCACGACGGCUCUGCGACUGCUUUUGCCGUCAACGGCCCUGAUAGCUCUGCAACCCCGGAGGGAGUUGAAGGCGAAUCUAACAACCCCGUGUUCUCCCCCAGCAGCGAUAAAAUAGCAUACUUCCAAAUGGCGACCAAUACGUACGAGUCAGACCGCAACGUGCUAUACGUAUACUCCAUCACUGAUAACACUAUCACGCCCCUUGCAAAGGACUGGGACCGGUCUCCCUCCUCCGUGACAUGGAUCGACGAAGACAACCUCGUCGUGGCAAGCCAAGAUCUAGGACGAACCAGACUAUUCGCCAUCCCAGGCGAUGCAGCAGACGACUUCACGCCCACAAACUUCACAGACAGCGGCACCGUAUCGGCUCAAUACGCCCUAUCCAACUCUACCCUCCUCGUCACAUCCAACGCCUUCUGGACAAGCUGGAGCGUCUACACCGCCAGCCCAGACGAGGGCGUACUCAACACACUGGCCUCAGCCAACGAGAUCGACCCCGAGCUCAGCGGCCUCAGUUCCUCCGAUUUUGAAGAAUUCUACUUUGACGGCAACUGGACUACCCUCCAAGGAUGGCUCACCUACCCGCAAGACUUCGACCCAUCGAAGAAAUACCCCCUCGCGUUCCUCAUCCACGGCGGCCCCGAAGACGCCUGGGCCGAUACCUGGAACCAGAAAUGGCACUCCAAGGUCUUCGCCGACCAGGGCUACGUUGUCGUCCAACCAAACCCCACGGGGAGCACCGGGUUCGGCCAGCAGCUCACAGACGCCAUCCAACUGAACUGGACCGGCGCCGCCUUCGACGACCUAACCAAAGCCUGGCAAUACGUGCACGACACCUACGACUUCAUCGACACGGAUAACGGCGUCGCCGCGGGCCCCAGCUUCGGCGCGUUCAUGAUCACAUGGAUCCAGGGCGACGACUUUGGACGUAAGUUCAAGGCGCUGGUUAGCCAUGAUGGUCCGUUUAUUGGUGAUGCGUGGGUCGAGACGGAUGAGUUGUGGAUUGUUGAGCAUGAGUUCAACGGCACUUUCUGGCAAGCCCGCGACGCAUUCCACAACACGGAUCCAUCCGGUCCCAGCCGCGUCCUCGCAUACAGUACUCCCCAGCUCGUCAUCCACAGCGAUAUGGAUUAUCGUAUCCCUGUGGCGAAUGGGAUUGGGUUGUUUAAUACGCUGCAGGAGAGGGGUGUGCCUAGUCGGUUUUUGAAUUUCCCGGAUGAGGAUCAUUGGGUCACCGGUCAGGAAAAUAGCCUUGUUUGGUAUCAGCAGGUGCUGGGAUGGAUUAAUCGGUAUUCCGGGGUGGGAGGGUCGAAUCCGGAUGCGAUCAGUUUGGAGGAUACGGUUAAUCCGGUGGUGGAUUUGAAUCCGUGAUUAUUCUAUUUCACUACUUCGUAUCAUUGGAUGUGAUGAUGUUUCAGAUAGGAACUAGAGUUGCCUGUUUGUACUGGUGAUUAGUUGGUAGAUUACGAGAUGAUGGAUGCAUGAGAUGAAAG